AUGUCCGAUGUGGUUUCGACCGUAGCAAGGCUGAAGCCAGAAAUUCGUCUCGCGCAAGCAGUUUCGCAAUUCGAAGCCAGCCUCUCAAGUGAACAAAAAGCAGUCUUCCGAGACCAAAGAUCUCGAUCACUCCACUCACCUCCGGAUACCAACGAUGUUAUGCGACUCACCGCACAGAUGAACCGAUCGCAACAGACUGGAGGACGCUGCUUCGGACCACGUUUUACAAAGUUCUUGCAUGGAGUACAGCAAUUUGCAGCGCUCGGGGACGUUAUUGUCGGUGGCUCUCAGAACAUCGUCGCUUGUGGAGUCUGGUCACUAGUACGCAUGGCAUUACUGACGACCGUUAACUAUUUCUCAUACCUUGAGAGCCUAUCUCUCCUCCUCAUGGAAGCUAGUCGAUCGAUUCCACAGCACUAUGAACUGGCUAUACUCUAUCCUCGAUCUAAACCAUUGCAAUCAUAUCUCAUCGAUUACUUCAUCGUAGUUGUUCAAAUCUGCCACAGUUUUCAGUCGCACUCGCGGAAGUCACCCCUUUGGAAGAUCGCCUCGUCCUUGAACGACACCGAUAUGAAGGAAUUCCAAUCAAAGCUCGCAUCCUGGUCCAAUUUGAUUAGCGGAGAAAUUAGCUCUCUAGUCGCUCAUACGACCGAAGAAGAAGCACACAAGAAUUCACGCUUCAGAGCUCUGAUGACUAAAGCAUCGAAGACAACUUCUCAGCAGCAAAAGAUCAAAGCUUUUCAAAGAAUUCUCAAUCUGUGCUCCGAAUACGACUACGAGACUACGUGGAGACAGAUGCGAAAGACCGGAAAUACAACAUUAUACUCGAAAGCCGCCGAGUACAUCGAGUGGAAAGUUGAAUCUAAAUACAACACUCUCGUGUUCAGCGGCAAACUCGGAUCUGGAAAGACUGUCAUGCUGGCCAAUAUUGUUGAUGAUCUUUUUAUCCAAUGUGAAUCCGAGGUCGCCACCGUGGCAUACUUCUUUUGCAGACAUGACCUUGCCAAGAGCCUCGAGGCGCGAACAAUAAUUGGUGCGCUGGUUCGUCAAAUGAUUCGUCCUUUUUUCAACGCAUUCGAUGACAUGGAGUUUGACAACACCUAUCUGGACUACGACGACCUGAUCAGCCUGUUGCGGCAAGUUCUUCCUAGUAAACAUAAAACGUACGUUAUACUCGACGGCUUGGAUAUCUGCAAUCGCGCGGAGCAACAAACCCUGGCGUCGAUCUCUGAAGCAUUUCCUGCUGCAAAAAUCGCUCCAUUACUUGACAACACCCCAGAUAUUGAGGCGUUUAUUGAAGCGCAGUUAACGCUUUGCUUGGAAAAUCGAUCGCUCAUUAUAGGACACCCUUUGCUAAUACUAGACAUUCAUAACGCCUUGUCCAGAGGAUCUAAAGGAAUGUUCCUUUGGGUAGCUCUGCAGAUCAAGUCACUUUGUACUAUGCAAACGGACGAAGAAAUUACGAAUGCCCUGGAGGAUCUUCCCGAAGAUCUAUCUGAGAUCUAUGGUCGAAUUUUACAAAAGUCGCCAGAGUCUAAGAAACCGUACCAAAAACGAAUUCUGGAAAUCGUCACCGCAGCACAACGACCUCUUACUGUUGGAGAAUUACGGGAAGCUUUGAGUGUUAGCCCUGGUGAUACAGUGUGGACUUCAGCUAAGCUUAUCAAUGAUAUCUAUGCGACCAUGGCCAGCUGCGGAUGUCUUCUAGUCGUCGACGAAGAAGAGCGAACAGUGCGGUCCAUACAUCCCAGUGUCGAGCAAUUUCUGCUGAAUCGCUACAAAGACUCUCAGGGCCUCAAUAUCACCAUGGAAGGAUGCCAUAAGACGAUGGCAGAUAUCAUCGUUACCUAUUUGAGCUACGGGGUCUUCGGAACCGAGUUGUCUACCACUCGAAUUCCAGAAGUCAAGGUUGGAUCGGCGCCAGCUACGAUAAUCCAAUCAACCACGGCGUCCCCCAUGAGUGCACAAAGUCUCGCCCUAAAGCUUUUGAAACUCAGGAAACGGCCCGAUUUUGAUGUUGGUAAAACACUCGCAAAGGAGCUUCGCAAUGACCAAAGCCCUAGGGUCCAGGAAUUCAAUUUCCACGAGUAUGCG